GUUUGUUUACUUGAUAUGACUUUUGACGGAUAACCGCAUCCAAUGUGUGAUCAAUACUCAAGACAUCGAUUGCCAACCAUUUAUGUCUUUAAUACAAAUACUACUCAAAUGGUGUGACAUCUCAUAGAGUCUAUCAUGUCUUGGAGACCAACCAUCCGGAGUCGAGCGGAGACAGCGGUGGGAAUAAUACUGCGAACGCCGGGACUCUUCAUAAUCGAGUACUGGUGGAGGAGUCAACCCAAUCGACAUGUCCUCCAAGCCAUGGAUUCGCAGACAAACCAGUUUUGGACCAAUUUUAUCACUCAUAUAGCGCUCAUCAAUGGCUUUCUUCUUCUACUACUUCCCAUACCAUUGAUUCGUUUGCUUUACACACACAUAGUUUGCGGCGCUUUACUAAUAACGGCUCACUUAUUGUCCUACUAUUUGGUUCAUGUGAUUGAUGCCUAUAAUGGUGUUCCCAUUAUUGAAUCACUAGCCCUAUCACUGGUGCAGAUGAAUGCCAUCAAACAGAUUUCACUUUUGGUGGUUCACGUGGCCAUCGCUGUCAUUGUGUCCACUCUAUUACAGGGACCACAAAAGCCAUUACUUCCAGUUUUUGCCCGAAUUUUCGACUUUCCCGCCGAAUCACUACAGGUGAUCCAUAAGUUUAGUUCAGCAGUGGUUGUCAUCAGUUUGAUUCGAUAUGUAUAUCAAUGGUUGCCUAAAGUGUUUAGUGAGCUGAAGGACGCCUGUUGUCAACUGCUGAGUGCAACGGAAUCGCAAGGAUUGGCAUCACUUCUAGUCUGGUUAUGCGGCAAACUCUUCGUUCCGACGCAUUUCUUCCUGUUCUGGUCCAUCGCUUUCAUUAGGAAACUCUAUGAGACCACUAAUCACUCCAACGACUGGUAUGUGGCGGUGUUGAGCGCUGCCAGUGCUGUCUGUGACAGUCCCGUGUCGUUGUUCUCGACAGCAGUGGCCGUCACUUAUAUGUCUUACUUCUUGUUGAGUGCAAUGAAGUUCUACUUAUGGGGUAAUUGUCGCCAAACUCUUCCCAAUGCCCCCAACAUUCAACAGAUGCAUAACGGGUGGGAGGAGGGGAUGACUACAUUCCUGUUGGCCCUCUUGACGGGCAUCACUGACAUGAAACAACCGGCGCGUAUGGCUGUCCUCACAAUCAUCUUAUUUGUCGUUUUGUCGAGUCUUCUGCAGUCGAUGUUAGAGAUGGCGGAACCCGUGAUCCUAUCGUUGAGUGCAUAUCACAGCAAGAAUGUCGUGCAUCACCUAAAAGUGCUCGUCUUGUGUGCCUUCCUCUUCCUCUUCCCACUACACGUCGCAUACGUUUUGUCCCAAAUAUUUCCCGUCGACUUCUGGUUAGCCGUCGUUCUCUCUACAAGUGUCUUGACAUCAGCACAAGUGGCAGAUCUAGUGAUUGUUCACUGCAUCCUAUGGUACGACUCAUUACGUGCCGAACCCCUCGAGUCGGUGGAUGAGGCCGUCUAUUAUGUCCGCGCAUUCACUAAAAUAGUGGAGUUCUUUGUGGCCACGAGUGUAGUGGUGGUCGGCAUAUGGGAGGCAGUGAUCGGACAGUGGAGUUGGACUAACGCUCUCAUACUCUUAAUUCAUUGCUACUUCAAUGUAUGGCAGCGUUUAAAUACGGGCGCAAAAAGUUAUAUCAGACGCAGAGAAGCCAACAAAAAGACCUCAUCCCUGCCCUCCGCCACCAGCCGACAGUUGAAGGAACACAACGAUGUCUGCGCCAUAUGUUUCACUGAUAUGAGUUCCCCAAACGCCUCUAUCAUCACUCAAUGCAAUCAUUACUUCCAUCGCAUAUGUCUUAAGAAAUGGCUCUGUUUUCAGGACAGGUGUCCUCUUUGUGUUACUUGUAUUACACGACGAAACCAAACGACACAACUUGUCAUCAAUUGAUUUAUUAUCUCACAAUUUAGUGGAUCCAUAAGAUAAUCACUUUAAUGACAAUUAAUUUUCUCUCAACUUUUGUUUUAUAUUUCACACCCAAAAGCCCUAUCCUUUCAAAUGAGAC